AUGGAUGAGGACAACAUGACGAGGAGCGAGGAGCAGGAGCUGAGUCUGCAGAAGGCGCUGCAGCAGUGCGAGCUGGUCCAGAACAUGAUCGACAUCAGCAUCUCCAACCUGGAGGGGCUCCGCACCAAGUGCGCCGCCUCCAACGACCUCACGCAGAAGGAGAUCCGCACCCUGGAGGCCGCGGCGGGUUCCCCCGCGGCGCUGCGGUGCGCCCGAGUGAGGCUGCGCGCUCUGCAGGUGGCCCCGAGGUGGGUCCGGGACCACCGAACCCUACUGCCAGGACCCACCGGGGCCGCCCAGUCCCGGCCGCAGCCCCCCGGUAUCCUCCCGGAGAUCGCCCCUGGGCAGCUCAGCCUGGAGGAUCUGCUGGACAUGACCGAUGACCAGGUCUGUGCCACUGUGGAGAAGUUUGGGGCCAACAGCGAGGAGUGUGCCCGGCUGAACGCGUCCCUGUCCUGCCUCCGCAGCGUCCACAAGUCCGGCGGGAGCCUCUCCAAGCAGGACUGGACCAUCCAGUGGCCGAGCACGGAGCCGGGCAAGGAGAACAGCCCCGGCUGCCCCCCGGAGCCGGGACCCUGGGGCAGGACGCACCCGAGCCCCAAAGUCCAGCCCAAGUGCGGGCAGCACCACUGCCACGCCGGCUCGUCCCACGGCCCCAUGUACACGCACGUGGACCGCCUGACCGUGGAGGGCCACCCGGGGCUGUGCCCACCCCUGGAGUCCGGCCACCGCUCCCUGCCGCCGUCCCCCCGGCAGCGGCACGCCGCGCACACCCCCCCGCGCACCCCCAACAUCGUCACCACCAUGACCCCGCCGGGGACCCCCCCCGUGCGCCGCAGGAACAAACUGAAGCCCCCCGGGACGCCCCCGCCCUCGUCGCGGAAGCUGAUCCACCUCAUCCCGGGCUUCACGGCGCUGCACCGGAGCAAAUCCCACGAGUUCCAGCUGGGCCACCGCGUGGAUGAGGCGCACACCCCCAAAGUCAAGAAGAAGAACAAGCCCCUGAACCUCAAGAUCCACAACAGCGUGGGGAGCUGUGAGAACAUCCCGGCCCAGCGCUCCCCUCUGCUCUCCGAGCGCUCCCUGCGCUCCUUCUUCGUGGGGUACCCGCCCUUCCUGCCCUCCACCCCGCCCGUCCACACCGAAGCCACCUUCUCAGCAAAUACGCUGUCAGUGCCUCGCUGGUCCCCGCAGAUCCCCCGGCGGGAUUUAGGAAACUCCAUAAAACACAGGUUUUCCACCAAGUACUGGAUGUCUCAGACCUGCACCGUCUGCGGGAAGGGAAUGUUGUUCGGCUUAAAAUGCAAAAACUGCAAGCUCAAGUGCCACAACAAAUGCACCAAAGAGGCCCCCCCGUGUCACCUGCUGAUCAUCCACCGCGGAGAUCCAGCAAGGUUAGUCCGGACAGAGUCGGUGCCCUGCGACAUCAACAACCCCCUGAGGAAGCCCCCCCGCUAUUCGGACCUGCACGUCAGCCAAACGCUGCCCAAAACCAACAAACUCAACAAGGACCACAUUCCAGUGCCCUACCAGCCAGAUUCCAGCAGCAACCCCUCGUCCACCACGUCGUCCACGCCGUCCUCGCCGGCGCCGCCGCUGCCGCCCAGCGCCACCCCCCCGUCCCCGCUGCACCCCUCCCCGCAGUGCCCGCGCCAGCAGAAGCAGUUCAACCUGCCAGCCUCCCAUUACUACAAGUACAAGCAGCAGUUCAUUUUCCCAGAUGUGGUGCCUGAGACGCCGACCCGAGCCCCACAGGUCGUCCUGCACCCCGUCACCUCCAACCCCAUCCUGGAAGGAAACCCAUUGCUUCAAAUUGAAGUGGAGCCCACCUCGGAGAACGAGGAAGGCGCCGAGGAGGUGCAGGAGUCCGAGGACGACUUCGAGGAGAUGAACCUCUCGCUGCUCUCGGCGCGCAACUUCCCGCGCAAGGCCAGCCAGACCAGCAUCUUCCUGCAGGAGUGGGACAUCCCCUUCGAGCAGCUGGAGAUCGGCGAGCUCAUCGGCAAGGGCCGCUUCGGGCAGGUGUUCCAUGGGCGCUGGCACGGCGAGGUGGCCAUCCGCCUCAUCGACAUCGAGCGCGACAACGAGGACCAGCUCAAGGCCUUCAAGAGGGAGGUCAUGGCCUACCGCCAGACCCGGCACGAGAACGUGGUGCUCUUCAUGGGGGCCUGCAUGAGCCCUCCCCACCUCGCCAUCAUCACCAGCCUGUGUAAAGGACGGACUCUCUACUCCGUGGUGAGGGACGCCAAAAUUGUCCUGGACGUCAACAAGACGAGGCAGAUAGCACAAGAAAUUGUGAAGGGAAUGGGAUACCUGCAUGCCAAGGGCAUCCUCCACAAGGACCUCAAGUCCAAGAAUGUCUUCUACGACAACGGGAAGGUGGUGAUCACCGACUUCGGGCUCUUCAGCAUCUCCGGGGUUCUCCAGGCGGGCAGGAGGGAGAACAAGCUGCGCAUCCAGAACGGCUGGCUGUGCCACCUGGCCCCCGAGAUCAUCCGGCAGCUCUCGCCCGACACCGAGGAGGACAAGCUGCCCUUCUCCAAGCACUCGGAUGUCUUUGCACUGGGCACCAUCUGGUACGAGCUGCACGCCCGGGAAUGGCCCUUCAAGACGCAGCCAGCAGAGGCAAUAAUCUGGCAGGUGGGAAGAGGGAUGAAGCCCAACCUCAGCCAGAUCGGGAUGGGCAAGGAGAUCUCGGACAUCCUGCUGUUCUGCUGGGCCUACGAGCAGGAGGAGAGGCCCACCUUCACCAAGCUCAUGGACAUGCUGGAGAAACUGCCAAAGCGGAACCGCCGCCUUUCCCACCCGGGGCACUUCUGGAAGUCGGCAGAGUAA